UUAGUACUGAUGAUGAAGACAUUUACAUUGGAUGAAGUGGUCAAUCAUGAAACAGAUAAUCCAGGGUCUGUUUGGCUAUUAAUACACGAUCAGGUCUACGAUGUUAGCAAAUUUAUUCAGGAACAUCCCGGCGGUGAGGAAGUACUGCUGGAACAGUUAGGUCGGGACGCUAGCGAACCGUUUGAAGAUUCAGGACAUACACCCGAAGCCCGGGAAAUGAUGCUGAAGUAUAAGAUUGGCGAACUGUGCGCAGAGGAUAGACAAAAAACGGCCAAAAUUGACGAAAAAAAUCAUUACGGCGGCUCUACCGAUGCUGCUGGUCACCAAUCGGGUAGUGGUGGUGACAGUAGUAGUGGUAGUAGUAGUAGUAGUAUAAGUAGCAGUUGGUUGAGCUUAUGGUACGUACCGGUUGUUGUCGGUAUUGCAAUAAUAGCUACUAUUGUCUAUAGAUUUAUAUAA